CAGCCGCUGCUUUAUUUUCCCCGACCCUGGGCGGUGGAAACGGGAUUUAAUGUUGGGUGGUUUUGAGCCGGGCCGAGCCCACAUAGGGUUGGUCCUCCCCCACGGCAGGGCGGCGGAGUUGGUAUCGCCCUGAGUCCUCCGAGAUCCCGGCUCGGGAAACAGAGCCGCACGGGCGUCAGAUACGUCUUCGGUUGUGGGGUUAAAAAAACCGAGUCGCGCUCGACUUCCCGGCAUCUAAAAUCAGAAAACGACCGCCUUAUGUUUCAUUUUUAACUUUUUUUUUUCCUCCCUCCCCCUUCACGAAGAUGUCAACCCCAGCUAGACGGCGUUUAAUGAGAGACUUCAAACGGCUGCAGGAGGACCCCCCUGCGGGCGUCAGCGGAGCGCCCUCGGAGAACAACAUCAUGGUCUGGAAUGCGGUUAUUUUCGGCCCCGAGGGAACACCAUUUGAAGAUGGAACCUUUAAGCUCACAAUAGAAUUCACAGAGGAAUAUCCCAAUAAGCCUCCUACAGUUCGCUUUGUUUCAAAAAUGUUUCAUCCAAAUGUUUAUGCAGACGGUAGUAUAUGUCUGGACAUUCUUCAAAACCGCUGGAGUCCAACUUAUGAUGUUUCCUCAAUCUUAACUUCUAUACAGUCUUUACUGGACGAGCCGAACCCCAACAGCCCAGCCAACAGCCAGGCAGCCCAGCUGUACCAGGAGAACAAGCGCGAGUACGAGAAACGCGUGUCGGCGAUAGUGGAGCAGAGCUGGCGCGAUUGUUGACCUCGCGCGGGUGCGCGCACACAUCGUGGACAGUAUCCAGCCUCGAGAUUGACGAAGGAAGAGAAGACACACAUCUCUUGAAAAAAUAAUAAACAUCACGUUUCCGAAUUGCCAUCCUCCUCCUCCUCCUCCUAGCAUCAUCAGUACCGUAAUUGUUGCAAGAUAGAGUGCCGCUGUGUCGUCAUCGCCUUCUCCCUCACCACUCACAACCUAGCCUCCUGGACAGGAUUGCACCUUCCUUGAAGUAAAUGUACCACACUGUACCUGGGUUACUUGCGACAGGCGUGUCCGUUUCUUAAUCUUCAGAUUUUAAAUCUGAUUUUUUUUUUUCUGUCUUUCCUCAUGCAGCUCGAGCAGGAUUUUUUGUUCUCUUCAUUUUUUUUUUGUCGAGACUGACGUGUGUACAGUUCUGUUCCAGGUUGCAGUAGCUGUAAAGGGCCGUUCUUGUAAUAGGGAUCAGGGUCCUACUCAUCAGCUGGCUCAUGUUGACACAGUGCAAGCCUUUUUUUCUUUCGUUGUUCCUGGAGUUUAAAAUGGUUUUGUCUGUGUGUGUUGUUGCUGUUGAAUGAGGUAACUGAUGAUGUAAAUCGUAGACAAACAACCUGUCUUGCAGUUUCUUGACGAGUGUAAGGGAAGAGCUCUCUGGAUUACAGAAUAAUGGUAUCCAUUUUAAGAGCUGCUAAUGUCACUUUCUCAAUUACACAUGUAUGCAUCUGGUUUUACAAUUGUAUAUGAGCUGUGGCAUUUCACAUCCCUACACGCACAGCCGUUUCAGAAGUGAAAUACAGGUGACUUGGCAGCAGUCUUUCACAAAUUACAUGAACGAACAACAUUUUGUCAUAGAAUAAUCCAAUAAUUCUUAAUAUUUAUGUGCUUCUUGUUGAUCUAUAAAUUGACUAAUUCUUGGGAACAAGCAUUUUCUAGGCAAGAUAUAGAUCAGAUUUUUAUAAGUUUAUUUACAUAUUGCAACAUCAGAAGAGUUUUGGAUCAUGGAAGUAGAGCAGGAACCUUUUUUGUUUUCUGGCAGCAAUCAAGGUUUUUGAAUGCUCAUUAACACCAGAGGUAAAAAACUCCUAAACCGAGCUCAACUUGAUUUAGGAUGUUAAGAGCUCUACACCAUAAGCAGAGAAGGUUAUCCCACCUGCAAGUGCUUCUUCCUCUAGGCAUUUCAGGGGGUCAGCUCUUUUUCGUGUAUAGGUCUUUGCUAUUGCAAAUGCUGCAUGUUUUGCUUGGUGACUUUUAUAGGUUCUUUUAAAUUGUUUCUGUGACCCUUCCCCCUCAAAAAAAAAAGCUACAACAAAAGGCCCAUUGAGUGCCUGAAAUUGUCAUUUUCUACAGAUACUGGGCAAAUGCAAUGAUAUGAGAGUGAUGAGACCAUGUCAUUUCUGCACAUGGGAUGUUCCUUUUUCUAAUGCACAUGCUCCACAAGUGACUGUAACUGCACUAGUAACCCAUGUAAGAAACUGUACAUUUUCUCACUUCUUGUAAAUAAAAGGAUAAAAACAU